GUUUUGUUAAAUGUGAUGCUGUUGAAAACAAUAUGAGUAAAUUGUUAAACAAUGUGAUCAAUGACGGACGGUUUAAACAACUAGUUGGGUUGCUUGAAGAUAUUAUAAAACAUGUCAUGAUAAGCAAUGAAGGAAAGAUACGCAUAAUAGAUGGAUACAAAAGAGAGGUAAACCCACAUGUUAAAAAAAAAAAAGUAAAAGAUUGCACUCCAAUUUGCGGAGGAAGAGGUUGGUAUGAGAUUGAUCAUGGUAGGGAUAAAUAUAGUGUUAAUGUAAGAAAUGAAAUUUCUUGCCCGUGUCGUCGAUAUGAGGUCAGUGGUAUUCCAUGCUCUCAUAUGAUUUCUGCUUUAUUAGCUAAGAAU